UAAAUAAUAGAUAAUUUUUGUUUAUUGUUUAAUAACUAGUAAUGUAAUUACAAUGAAUGAAUGCGUUACGGGAACAGAAAAUGCAGCCUCACAGUUCGAAAUAAACAUAUCAAACACGAGCGCGGAGAAUAAGAUAGUUUUAAAUGAUCUGAAACUGCUGCAGUUACUGAACUUCUAUUCAUUUCUAAUAAACAACACUGAGCGAGAGUCAGAAGGCGCAUGCUCCUUAACCGAAUCCGAUACAUAUGACGAUUGGGGAUGGAAACAAUUGGCGAUGUCCUUUAACAUGAGCUAUGUUGGAGUAAAGCUUCUGAAACCCUUUUCCGCUCAACUGCUAAGGACGCGCUGGAAAACUUUGAGACAUAUUUGUCCAUUGCUAGCCAAUUCAGAAAGCCAACUUUCAAGCUCGCUGAGGGACAUCGUUCAUAAGGUCAACAAUAUGCCGACAACUAUUUCAUUCUUAUCACAUCCAUUAACACCGGCGCAGCAGCUUAUACUUUCUCAACUGCCAUUUUUGGAACAGUUAUCGGAGACACAAAAAAGGCAGUUGGAAGGCGAUGUACUGGAAGCCAUUUUUGCGGAAGAGCGACAAGUGCAACUUGAAGUUCAGGAACUUUCUAGCAGACAAAUUGAUGAAGUAAACAAUGAAUGUGAAGAGAUUAUCAAUGCGAUUGGUGCUAGGGACAUAAUUGACAGCUUUGCUGAAACAUGUAGUGUGUCCAGCGCUGAGGAACUUGAUUCGAGCAGUCAGGACUCAACUGCCUACACUGUAAGCAACUGUCCGAAUAAUAUCAUUAGCACUGUGUGCAGUCCUACCAGCGCUGAGGACAUUGAUUCGAGCAGUCAGGACUCCACUGCCCGUCAGAGUAAUAUUAUUAUUAGCAGUGUGCGCAGUUCUACUAGCGCUGAGGACGUUGAUUCGAACAGUCAGGACUCUGGAAUCCAAUCCCCCUAUAUUGUGAAGUGCGGGGAUCGCGGUAUUACCAUUUGCAGUGCUAAAAGCGCUGAGGAAGUUGAUUUUGCAAAGUCUGAGUUGGAUAUUAAGCCUGAGCCAACCGACGAUUAUUUCGUAGAACCAACCAAGCUGGUGGUGCGUUUUGUGCCGCUCAAGUGUGCUCAUCAGUAUGUUAAGAAAUGUGUGGUGCGUAUUAAACGCUUGCCUGUUUAAAAAGAGUAAGC